UGAAGCAUUCCGGUAUAAAGUUUAGUAGAAAGAAUCAAAUUGGACUCGAAUGCAGCAGGUGUAUGCUAACUCCCCAUAUGUACUCAUGAGAUUCACGCCUUCAUCAAAGUUCUUAGGCUUUUCAAAUCACUUCCACAGCGUUAUCGCACCCUCUUUUUCUCUGACCCCAAAGUUCCCAUCUUCCAUUGCCGCCACCAUGUCCACUGUUCCCGCUCAGAACGACACCGUCACCCACAAAACGCCUCAACCUUUGCAAAUUGCAAAGCGCUUAGAGAAAUUUCAGACAACAAUCUUCACUCAAAUGAGCUUGCUUGCCAUCAAACAUGGAGCCAUAAACCUUGGUCAAGGCUUUCCCAACUUUGAUGGUCCAGAAUUUGUAAAGGAAGCAGCCAUUCAAUCAAUCAGGGAUGGGAAAAACCAGUAUGCCCGGGGUUAUGGAGUUCCAGACCUUAACAUUGCCAUUUCUGAGAGAUUUAAGAAAGAUACUGGAUUAGUGGUAGACCCUGAAAAGGAGGUUACUGUUACAUCUGGAUGCACUGAAGCUAUUGCUGCAACUAUACUAGGAUUAAUAAAUCCCGGUGAUGAGGUUAUUCUGUUUGCUCCAUUUUAUGACUCUUAUGAGGCCACUUUGUCCAUGGCCGGUGCAAAAGUCAAAACCGUUACUCUGCGCCCUCCAGAUUUUGCUGUCCCUAUCGAAGAGCUGAAGUCCAUCAUCUCAAAGAAUACCCGUGCCAUUCUUUUAAAUACACCUCACAACCCUACUGGAAAGAUGUUCACUCGCGAGGAGCUUGAUUGCAUUGCAUCUCUUUGCAUUGAGAAUGAUGUUCUGGUUUUCACUGAUGAGGUCUAUGAUAAGUUAGCUUUUGAUAUGGAGCACAUUUCGAUAGCUUCUUUGCCUGGAAUGUUCGAAAGGACAGUGACAAUGAAUUCCUUGGGAAAGACAUUCUCCUUAACCGGAUGGAAAAUUGGUUGGGCAAUAGCACCCCCACACUUAACAUGGGGAGUGCGUCAGGCACACGCAUACCUUACUUUUGCAACCUCCCAUCCUUUUCAAUGUGCUGCUGCGGUAGCUCUGAGAGCACCAGACACUUACUAUGAAGAGGUGAAGAGGGAUUAUAUGGCAAAGAGAGCUAUUUUGGUCGAGGGAUUGAAGGCCGUUGGCUUCAAGGUAUUCCCAUCCAGUGGAACCUACUUUGUGGUUGUAGAUCACACCCCUUUUGGACUGGAAAAUGAUAUUGCAUUUUGUGAAUAUCUAGUUAAGGAGGUGGGAGUAGUGGCAAUUCCUACCAGUGUAUUUUACUUGAAUCCAGAAGAGGGAAAGAAUCUUGUCAGAUUUACGUUUGCAAAGGAUGAGGGAACUAUUAGGUCUGCUGUUGAGAGGAUGAAAGAGAAGCUUAAAAAAUGAUCCCAACGCAUAUUAACAAGUUGUGAUAUGUGUUGGAUCGAAGACAUUAAUUUAGCUUUAUAAAAUCCCAAAUGUAGGAUUGUAAUAAUUUCUGGUUUAUUGAACUGAAUGCCCUGCAGUCUUUAGUAUCUAGAAAUCAUGCCUACCUACCAUUCGGAUUUGUUUUGUUUAACUUUCUACAUUUGUGGGAUGCAUUUUCAUCAACCAUGAUCAUGUCUUUACUGAAUCU